UAAACCAGGAAAGAAAACUCUUAUCUUACGUCAUCGCAGAACUUUGAGCUCAAAUCCUGUUUAUCCUGCUGUUCUCCUUGCUGAGAUCAGUAAAUGAAAGUUCUGUAGCGUCAGAAAGAUCGUAACCGGUGUAUUUAACAUGCCAACGCGAGGAAGGUUUGGUCCUUUGGUUGGGGCAAUUGACGAAGGAACCAGCAGUGCCAGAUUUUUGGUUUUUGCUGCACAAACUUCAGAAGUAUUAACAUUUCAUCAAAUAGAAAUAGAACAAAAAUGUCCAAAAGAAGGGUGGGUACAGCAGAAUCCAAUGGAUAUAUAUAAUGCUGUCAUCCAAUGCAUUGAGAAGUCUGUGGAAAAUUUAAUAAAGCUUGAUAUAGACCCUGCUGAUAUUGUGGCAGUUGGAAUUACAAAUCAGAGGGAGACAACUAUUAUUUGGGAUUCUCAAACUGGAGAGCCAUUACAUGAUGCAAUUGUAUGGUUGGACACACGAACUGCAGAAACUGUGGAUGCCCUUUUAGCUGAUGUUCGAGAUAAAAAUCAAGAUUAUUUACGGCCAUUAUGUGGUCUUCCAAUGAGCACUUACUUUAGUGCAGUGAAAGCUCGCUGGCUAAGAGACAAUAUUCCGGAAAUAAAGGAUGCAAUGGAUGCAAAGACCUGUAUGUUUGGGACAGUGGAUUCUUGGCUAUUGUGGAAACUGACAGGUGGUCCGGAAGGAGGUCUGCACAUCACUGAUGUUACAAAUGCAUCAAGAACUAUGCUAAUGAACAUCAAGACCCUUCAGUGGGAUGAUACUCUCUGCAAAUUCUUCGAUAUUCCAAAAGAAAUUCUACCAGAAAUUAGAAGUUCAUCAGAAAUAUAUGGUUAUUUUGUUAAUGGUCCACUUAGAGGUGUCCCAAUUUCAGGAUGUUUGGGGGAUCAGCAGUCAGCACUUGUUGGUCAAAUGUGUUUCCAACAAGGACAAGCAAAAAACACUUAUGGAACAGGAUGCUUCCUUCUUUAUAACACAGGUACUGCUCUUGUUCACUCAACCCAUGGCCUGCUUACUACUGUAGCCUACAAACUAGGCAAGAAUGCUACUCCAGUGUAUGCUCUGGAAGGAGCGAUUGCUAUUGCGGGAGUUUGUUUUCGCUGGUUACGAGAUAAUUUAGGAAUAUUGAAAUCUGUUGAAGAAUCUGAAUCCAUUGUGAGGGACAUGACUACAAGAAGCGAAGUAGCUUUUGUUCCUGCAUUUUCUGGUCUCUAUGCUCCUUAUUGGAGAAAAGAUGCACGCAGUGUAAUUUGUGGGUUGACGGAAGAAACUCCCAAAGCGGCAAUCGUCAAAGCAGCCAUGGAAGCAGUGUGUUUCCAGACAAGAGACAUCAUGGAUGUGAUGAAUCAGGAGUGUGGUAUUCCUCUCAGAACUCUUCUUGUAGAUGGAGGGAUGACAGCCAACAAUCUCAUCAUGCAGAUGCAAUCUGAUCUCUGUGGAGUUCCUGUUGUGAGGCCUUUGAUGACUGAGACAACAGCGUUAGGUGCAGCGAUGGCAGCAGGAUAUGCUGAGGGCAUUAAUGUUUGGGAGUUAAAGGGACAUCAGGGUGUACCCAAAGACUACUUUUAUCCCACAAUCACUGAAGAUGAAAGAGAUAUUCGAUAUUCACGAUGGAAAAUGGCAAUCAAACGGAGUCUGAAUUGGCAGCCAGAAAUCAUCGCAGAAAAGGAUGAUAGUUAUUAUUACAAAACCCUGUUGUCUUCAAUUCCUGGUUGUUGGUUUGUCUUCAGUGGAUUUGUUCUACUAGUAAUUGCGAAACGCUUGACUGGAAGAUAAUAACUGAAGAGAUCUUAAACUGAAUUUGGAGGCACAAUUCAUUGUGUGGUGCAAGUGUUGGUAUUUUUAUACAUGUUGGCAAGAGGAAUUCUGUACUUAAUUAUGUAUGUUAUUGAAGUAUUAAUUGCUUUGUGAUUCUUUUGAAAUGUGUGAUUUUGCUUUUCUAUAUAUUGAAUAAUAGUUGAGUAAAAUAGUGAAAAGUGCUUUUUUGUUACGUUGUUUGAACUUUUAAUUUGUACUGUUAGAGGAGUUUGUCAACAUUCCAUGUUAACAUUUUAUUGUUUUAUAAAAUUGUUGAAAGAUGUACUGUGUAACAACAUGGGACAGAGCAUUUGUUCUGAGUAUUGAGAGAAGAGAAAAGAAUUUUAUGAGAAGAAAAUUCCUUUAAGACAUAUUCUGUAUAUUUUGUGUUUUUCUAUAAGAAUUUUUAUUUGCAUUAUAAAUCCUCUUUUAUAUUUCAUUGCAAAUCUCUUCACUUUCUUGUGAUAUUGAAAAGUGAAGGAAGUUAACUUUAGAAAGAGCUGAUUGAAAAUUAGACUUUUCUCGUCAACAGUCGUAAUUGUAUAAAAAGUUAAUAAAUUUCCUUUUAGGCUUUUUUUACUUAAUCUUCAUAAUUAGGAGUGAGCCUUAACUUCUGUAAUUAUACAUUAGUAUACACAUUGCAAAAUACAAACUUCUACAGAACAUUAAAGCAGUUGGUUUAGCGUGGUGAAAAUGAGCUACUAUUUGUUUUAUGCUUUGAUAAAUUGAACUGUUAUUGUAUUGAUAGUAACCUCUCAAAAAACAAUAAAGGGGUUUUGAACUUGAUUAUCUCUGCUAAUCAAACCAACUGUUCCAUGUUUGUGGAUAAGUGCCUGAAAUAUUUAUUUAUUAUCUUCUUUCUUUCAUUAAAUCAGUGUUUUAAAUAGGUAUAUUUAUAAUUUAAUAAUUGAUUGGUUGAGGUUUAUUCAAAAUCAUUGGAAGAAACAAGCUUUGUUAAUUGUGAAAAUAUUCAGAUUGUUUGAAAUACUACCCGUAAUUUUAUUGUAAUAUUUUUUAUUGCUGUUGUCAUGAACUGUCUUCUUACACAAGUUUGAUUCAGCCCAAGUUUUUUUGUGGCUGUCAAUUUUUGUUUUCUAUUUAACCCUUCAACAUGGAACCCAGUUUGGGUGCACCGGCAUUUCAUCAUGCAUGAAAAGAAAGAGAUCUCGUGCACUUCAAUGGUAGUAGAGCUCAGUCAGUCUCUGUAGUGGCCCUUCUUCACAUGGCAUCCUACCACAAUGAGGAAAAAAUCAUUGAUAUCAUUGUCGAGGUACAGACAACCACAAAAAGAAAAACAAACUUGCUGUUUAAAAAUUAUAUUCUGUGUUAAGGGUUAAAUAUGUAAAAGUAGAUCAUUAAGUUAUACCACCAAUGUAUUAUUCCACUACAUAGUAUGGUAUGCCAUUAAUUCAUGACAUUAUUUGUUCCUAAGGGUAGUCUGUUUAAUCACUCGAGUCUGAACUCUGAAGCAUAUUGUACAGUAAUGAGAUUAUCAUGACAAAACAUGAUUAAAAAAUGAAUAUUUACAUUUUAAAUACUUUCAGUUUUCAAAUGUUGUUUGCAUUUCUUCAUUUUCAAUUGCCAAAAAUUACAAGAAAAUGUGAUAUAUUUAUGUACCAUUGUGGAUUCAAAUUGUUUUAAUUUGAUAUCCCAGUAUUUUUUGUAGAAAAAUCAGGGAUGUGCCAUUGUACUUGAUUUUUGUUAUUGAUAGAAAUAUUUUUGUUCUUGAUUGUUGAAAAUAAAAGUUUGUAGAUUGAUUUUUGUAUUCUCAUUUGCAUUAAUUUGUUUCAAAAAAUUGUGUGUGAUAUUAGUAGCAAAUGUAAUGUAUGUACAUAUUUUAAAAUUAAUCUGUAUACGUAUUUAUUUAAAAUUGAAUAAUAGUUCUUAA